AUGCUCACGGCCCUCUUAGAAAUUGAGCCCAUAGCCAUCUUAGUCCAUCCCCAGCAACCACUAUCAUACCUAGAGCGCCUGAUCCAGUCAGAGCUACCCCCAAUCAAAGGCCAUACCGACAAGCUCCGCCCACCAGCCAUAUCCUUUAUCGCCAUCCAGCACGAUGACAAUGCAAUCAAGCCAAAAAAGCGAAUCGAAGACGAGAUAGACCUGGACGCCACCCAAACCAAAGAGAAAGAAUUCAUCCCCGGCAACGACGGCGUUGGUGGCAGCAAACCGCUCAACGGCCGAUCACCCAGCCAGCACCGCCGGUCCCGAGAAGAAGACGUCGAAACCUACAGCUAUCCGUGCAACACGAACGGCGCCCCUCCCCGCGACGGUGAACCCGAGCGCUUCGUGCGCUGGUCACAAGCCACAGAGAUUGGCGACUUCAUCCGCGAUGCUGCGCGCGCGGGCGAGUUUAUCGUGACAAUCGAAGGAGCGCCAUCCAGUCUGAGCCAGAUCCGCGUCACGGUGCCGUCGUUCAACGAGCGUACUUAUUACCUCCGCAUGCGGCUGCGCAAGCUCUCGCGACGUAUCCAAACCAUGGCGGAUGUGAAGGAGGAGUGCGAUGCGCUAGCACAUCGUGGUGCGCAGCGGGUUGCGAUUGGCGGGUUUGGAAUACUUUCCAUCUGGUGGUUUACGGUUUACAGGUUGACGUUCGAGACUGAUCUCGGAUGGGAUACCAUGGAGCCUGUGACCUACUUGGUCAGUUUGUCUACGUUGAUGGGGGGUUAUUUGUGGUUUUUAUAUCACAAUCGGGAAAUCUCUUACAAGUCUGCGCUGGAUUUUACGAUCAGUGCGAGACAGAAGAAGCUUUAUCAGUUGCAUAGGGUUGAUUUACAGCUUUGGGAGUCUUUGAUUGAUGAGGGGAACUCGCUGCGUGGGGAGAUUAAGAAUAUCGCAGCUGAGUAUGAUGCUGAGUGGAACGAGCGGGCUGAUGAGCAGGAUAAGCGUGUGAUGGAGGUCUUGAAGUCAGAUCGUCGGCAGAAGCAUGGGAAGAAGAAGGAUUCGGAUGACAAGAAUGAUGAGGAUGAUAGAUGA